ACGGGGCGGUACAGAGGCCGACGGAAGUGCUCCGUGUUGUUGCCGGAAGUAGGAAAAGAAGGUUGUAAUGGCGGCUGAGGCCGAAGUCGAGAAGCAGGUGCCGGCAGACGGCGCGGAGGAGGGGCUUCGCUCAGCGGCGGAGGAGCUGGCCGCCCAGAAGCGCGAACAGAGACUGCGCAAAUUCCGGGAGCUGCAUCUGAAGCGGAAUGAAGCUCGUAAAUUAAAUCACCAGGAAGUUGUGGAAGAAGAUAAAAGACUUAAGUUGCCUGCAAACUGGGAAGCCAAAAAGGCUCGUUUAGAAUGGGAACUACAGGAAGAAGAAAAGAAAAAGGAAUGUGCAGCAAGAGGGGAAGACUAUGAGAAGGUGAAGUUGCUGGAGAUCAGUGCAGAAGAUGCAGAGAGAUGGGAGAGGAAGAAGAAAAGGAAAAACCCUGACCUGGGAUUUUCAGAUUAUGCUGCUGCCCAGUUACGCCAGUAUCAUCGGUUGACAAAGCAGAUCAAACCUGACAUGGAAACCUACGAGAGACUGAGAGAAAAACAUGGAGAAGAAUUUUUUCCAACCUCCAACAGCCUCCUUCAUGGGACACAUGUGCCUUCCACAGAGGAAAUUGAUAGAAUGGUCACAGAUCUGGAAAAACAAAUUGAAAAACGAGACAAAUAUAGCCGGAGACGUCCUUAUAAUGAUGAUGCAGAUAUCGACUACAUCAAUGAAAGGAAUGCCAAGUUCAACAAGAAGGCCGAGAGAUUCUAUGGGAAAUACACAGCUGAGAUCAAACAGAAUCUGGAAAGAGGAACAGCUGUUUAAUUCCUUCAGAAACUGUUUUUAGGCACUUGAGAAUGGAGUGAAAUUUCUGCUAGUGAAUUGAAAGUCACUUCACAAUUUUAUCAGUAAACCAGACCUUAGUCUCUGUCUUCCCACUCAGCAUUUUAAAAUAAAUGUUUUUUCUUACACAUAUACUUCCAUGUAUAUUUCCACAUUUUUGUGCUUGGAUAUAAGAUGUAUUUCUUGUAGUGAAGUUGUUUUGUAAAAAUCUACUUUGUAUAAAUCCUAAUUAUAUUAUUUUUCUAUGUAUUUUAAAUGUGUAUAACGGUUUAAUCUUUGGAGUAUUUUGAGAUUACAGUUGCUGGCAGCGAGUGCGAAUGCUGUCAUUGUCAGCUUGAAUAUCGUAAUGAAUCUGGCGGAAUCUGGGGCUUUGCUGUGGAGCCACAGGGGUUGGGAACUCUGAAGCCGAGGACCAUGAAGGUGGCAGUAGGUUCUGGAAUGCCGGCGCAGGUUCCCCAGGGCUGCACAGGACCAAGAGCAGGGACAGCAGAAGCGUCUUCCCAUGAGUACCAACCGUGUGCAGUUAGCGCCCUUUUUAAAGAGCUGUGAAAUGCGCUGGAGUAGCCUUCCUGCUAAUACUCUAUCAUUUAAAACAAGCAUUUGCAUAUAUACGCUUGUGUAUAUGUUAGCACAAACAUACAUGUGCACUUCCAUUCCACAAGCACAGACCCGUUUCUUUAAAAUUACAUUUUAAGAUAUUUUUUAGUUGAGAUGGACACAAUACCUUUAUUUAUUUUUCCCUAGGUGGUGCUGAGGCUCCAACCCAGUGCCUCACACGUUCCAGCCCCAGCCCCAGCCCCGCCAUCCCUUUUAGUGGGUAUUUCAGAGGAAUUUUAGAAAGGGGAGGGGCAGCCCAGGGGUGGAGCUCUUGCUGGAGGUGAGGCCCAGGGAGCCCAGUGAAGGGAUGAACGAUCUGAGGCGUCCACACACCCGGGACGGUGGUCAACAUCAGCUCAUGGGCGUGUUCCGUCUUACCUCUGUCCCCUCUCUCUGGAGCUCCUGUAUGGUGAAGUGAACACCAGAUCAUGCAGUAUGUAUCCCUGAAAGACUUGAAAACAUCACAGCAACAAUUUUAUUUUCAUAGAAGUCCAGAGAGAUUGUUUUUGUAUGUUGAUUAAAAUACUCAAUUUCUAAUUAGGAUAUUCUAAAUUGAAUCCGAAAUGCAGAAAAUUUUACGGACACUUGGGCUUUGGAGUUUGAAGUCGAUUUCGCAUUCGUGACCACUGUGACACUGUGACACUGACUGGCACUUCUGUUUUUUGUGCUUCUGUUCCCGGUCCUAGUGUCUAUGUGCACUUGACCUCAGGUCUGUCGGUUUGGAUGCUUCUGAAAAUAAAUUGAUUAUGUCUCAA